AUGUCUUCUCCAUUCAUUGUCUCCGCUGGUGAUUUUAAUAAUGAUGAACAAUCAGAAAUUGUUGUUGGAUACGAUGAUAGUAAUAGUGUUGAUAUGUUUAUUACAUACAAUACGGAAUCUUUCAGAGAUCUCAAGAAAUACUCGGUUGACUUAAAUUCAGCUUUUGCCGCCUUGGGCUAUUUUAAUAACGAUAGUUAUAUUGAUAUAGCUUAUGAUAUAAGUAUUCUUCUUGGAUAUAUUAAUGGGAAUUUUGCAGAUGCCAUAAUAUAUUCAAUUGGCUUUCGUCCAAUUUGCAUAGCAGUUGGUGAUUUUAAUAACGAUAAUCGAUUAGAUUUAGCUGUUAGUUAUGUUGGAGAUCCCAAACUCGAUAUUCUAUUAGGAUAUGGGAAUGGCAGUUUUGUACAUCUAAUGACAUAUGCAAUUGACGCGGUUUCAUUCGGUAUAGCUGUCGAUAAUAUUAAUAAUGAUACACAUUUAGAUAUAGUUGUUUUUAAUACUUCAAGUAACAAUACAAAUGUGUUCUUAGGAUAUGGUAAUGGUUCAUCUUCAUCUCCUUAUUCUGUAGCUGUUGAAUAUUUUAAUAAUGAUCAUUAUCUCGAUAUCAUUGUUGUUAAUUAUAAUAAUAACAAAGUUGGAGUUUUUCUUGGGCACGGUGAUGGAAUAUUUGAUGUUAUUGUGCUCUAUUCAAUUUCAUAUGUGUCUCAUCUAUCUUCUCUUGUAGUCGCUGAUUUUAGUCAUGAUGGAAAGAUGGAUUUUGCUGUGAUGAAUAAUGGUACUGACAGUUUAAGUAUUUACUUACAGACUUGUUAA